CCAUUUGAACUUGAACGAAGCGGUUCAGAAUGCUGCGAACCAGUUCGAACCAUUAUUAUUGUCGCCCCGGAGCCGAACCAGAUCCGAAGCGCAAAGCGUCAACCCGAACAGCCCGGUGUCGAGAGAGGUGUGUGCCCGAACAUGUGUUUUGAAGGGUAGCCACGGCAACCGCAUUCGCGUCGUCGUGCGCUGGCCAUGUCGAAGGGCAGGGACAACCUGGUGCCGGAGUUCACCUUCCAGCUGAACCACAAAGUGCUUGCGCGCAGGGUGACGGUGGGCAAGUACGACGGCCUGCACCCGUGCAUCACCGCAGCCACGGCCUCCGACAAGGUGCUGGUGCACAAUAACAACCAGCAGCGUCAGCGCAGCGGCGACCGCUGGGAAGGAGGCGGGGACGUGUCCCUGCUGAACGUCAACCAGACGGUGAGUUGCGUGGCCGCCGACUGCCUCAAGCCCGGAGCCAAGGAGGACGUGCUGCUGGUCGGGACGCCCACCGCGCUGCUCGCCUACGACGUCGAGAACAACUGCGACCUCUUCUUCAGGGAGGUGGCGGACGGCGCCAACAGCCUGGCCACGGGCUACCUGGGCAGCCUGCGGAACCCCGUGGUGCUGGUGGGCGGCAACUGCUCCAUCCAGGGGUUCGACCACGACGGAGAGGACGUCUUCUGGACGGUGACCGGAGACAACGUGAGGGCGCUCGCCCUGUACGACUUCAACAAGGACGGCCUGAACGAGCUGCUCGUCGGCUCGGAGGACUUCGACAUCCGCGUGUUCCGCGACGAUGUCAUCGUGGCCGAGAUCACCGAGACCGAGGCCAUCACGGCGCUCUGCCCGCUGACGCAGGACUGCUUCGCGUACGCGCUCGCCAACGGCACCAUUGGCGUCUACCGGGGCACCGAGCGCCUCUGGAGGAUCAAGUCCAAGAGCCAGGCCGUGUGCCUCCACGGCUACGACAUCGACGGCGACGGGCGGCCGGAGCUCAUCACAGGCUGGAGCAAUGGCAAGGUGGACGCCCGCACUCUGUCCACGGGCGAGGUGGUGUUCCGCGACAGCCUGGCGCACGGCGUGGCGGGCAUCGUGCAGGCCGACUACUGCCUCGACGGACGCGAGCAGCUCAUCGUCGUCUCGGUGGGCGGCGAGGUGCGCGGCUACCUGCCCGCGUCCGCCGAGCUGCGACAGCAGGUGGCCGACGCCACGUUCGAGCAGGACACCGUGCGGGAGCUCAGCCACAAGAAGCAGACGCUGACGCUGGAGCUGCGCAACUACGAGACCAACGCGGGCGACCAGCAGUACGGAUCCAUUCCGGUAGGCCUCUCUUCAAUGUGCACUUCGAGUCAAGUGCGUAACAGGGCCCAACAAAGCUCGGUUUCAGUAGUCUUUGAAUCCUCUUCAGGUGGCCGUGUUCGGGUCUCUGUCGGUGACCGUUCUUGUUGUUAUUCGUGGCCUUGCCUUUGUCGCUGCUUGUGGCGCUUAGCCUCGGCGCAUGCGCUGCGCAGCCACCCGAAGGCCGAGCAGGUGCAGUCCGAGGUGAGCCUGCCACUGUGGCCACCCAGAGACCUGGCCGUCGACCUGCACUUGAAAGUUCUCGUGGGACACCGCGACAGCUGUCACUUCCACGUGUUCGAGCUGUCGCGGCAGCUGCCCCGCUUCGCCGCCUACCUGCUGCUGUCGGAGGAGGAGCCACGUGACAGGCCCUCGGGGAGCGUCCGCUUCCGCAUCAACGACAGGCCGCACAGGGUACGUCCAUCGAUCAGGUGGCAAGCUGCACAGCGCGAUAAUUUAUCCCUAAAUCAAAUCCCGGCCAUCGAUGGGGGCGAAAUGCAAAUAACGCCCCCUGCAUUGGGUGCCCGUUAA